AAGUUUCUCCCCAAAAUCGAACAACCAUGGUGACUCACAACAUGGAUGUGUUUUCGGGAUAAUAAAGAUCAAAACAAAGAAAAAAAUGGCGUGGAAGCCGGUAUUGCAAUCGGAUAAUUUCCCAACUUUUAUUUUUAAAUAAAUAUGCGGAUGAUCGUGUUGCAAUAUGGUGCGAAACGAAGAAAUGCUGUGUAAAAUUGUAGUGAUCGUAGUGACGAUUUCAGCAGUUUCCAUGCAAAAUAUAGUUCCUCCUAAGCUCAUUCCCUUGACAAAGUCGGCACAGUUGAGGAAAGGUGAACGAUACCACGUGACAUGCAGUACCAGUGACGGAUCACCCCCCAUCACCUUCACUUGGUCUAAGAAUGGAGAGAGCAUCGAAGCCCGAGAAAAUCCUCCCAGUCCCACAGAGAUCGGGAUCAGGAAACUGGAUGAUUUCUCCUCCUCACUCGUCGUCGAAGAUGUCCAGGAACAACAUACGGGCAACUACAGUUGUACCGCGGCUAACGGGGCAGGUCGAGAUACUGGUACCACCAGCCUUGAAGUGUUAUUUCCCCCAAAUUGGGUGAGGCCCCCCAUGGAUGUUUCCGUUCUGGCUGGCAGCAAGAUCACCCUCUUCUGUGAAGCAAAAGCAUCUCCAAAACCGACUAUCACAUGGAGGAAGAAUACAGAUUUUUCAGCCAUGAAUUUCGAUGUGAUUCAUUCGAAUGGUCACGUGAGAAUCUCAGACGAUGGCCAUAGUCUGAAAAUACCGGAAGCUAAAAAAGCAGACGAAGGUUUUUACGAGUGCCAUGUGUCCAAUGGCAUCGGAGAUCAGCUAAGGAAAUCUAUUAGGGUGGAAGUACAAGUUCCCCCCAGAGUAGACGCUGGUCCAAGCUCUUUGGUAGUAGAAAAGAACAAGGAUGUCACUAUUCAGUGCAAUAUGACAGGGGACAUUCCACUUAACAUUCAGUGGGAGAAGAAUGGAAAGCCUCUGGAGUCUAGAAAACCCAAGGUUCAGAUUCAAGAGUUUCCGACUGAGAAGGGUAUGACGACAUCUCUGGUCCUUCUACACGUGGACAGAGGAAGUAGCGGCCUUUAUGUCUGCAAGGCAAAAAACAGUUACGGAGAAAGCUACAGAAUCAUCAACGUCGAUGUCGUCGAAAUUCCUGGAUCGCCGAAGGACGUGGGUGUGACUCAGAUGUGGAGUCGAAGUAUGCAGCUGACAUGGUCUGCCCCUUACCACGGAAACCGUCCAAUAACUGCUUACACAAUACAGUUCUGGAAGACAGAAGGUAAGUCUGAGCCACCUCCCGACAAACCGAAUGAAGUGAGAAUAGCGUCGAUGCAGACAGUGGCUGUCAUAUCGAGUCUCCUGCCCAACAGCAUAUACAGUUUUCUUGUUAUAGCUGAAAAUGAAGUAGGCAUGGGUCCACCCUCAAAUCCUGUCACUGCAACCACCAGGGAAGAAGAACCUGACUGGGCACCUUUAGAAGUGGUUGUUAUGGAUAAACAUGCAACAUCCGCUAAACUGAGAUGGAAAUGCCCCCACCAGACGGCCACCACUUUAACAGGGUAUUACAUCGGUUACAAGAGAUUGAACACAAAGACUGCCUACACGUACAGAUCGAUGAAUGCAGGAUCCUGCAAAGAACAUCACGAGGAGUUCAUUCUUCAGGGAUUGCAGAGAGCUUCCAGCUACAUGAUUGUUGUAAGGGCUUACAAUCGAAUCGGAGUUGGACCUCCGUCCGAACAAGUUGUGGUCCACACCACAGAUGGUGGACCUCCGAGAACUCCACAUGUGAAAGUGAUUCAAACUGGAGGAGUGACCUGCAACCUUAAGAUAUGGCCAAGAGAGAACAGCAGAAGUUUACCUACAGCGUAUGCCAUCCACGUGAGGGAGCAGAAUGGGGAUCGCCACAAGAUCCAUGUAUCGGUGCUACCUAAUCAGAACUAUUCAGUGGGGGGUCUCAGUCCAGGAAGACAGUACGAAAUCUUCGUCAACGCUCUCAAUCGUUUCGGAGAGAGUGCCUCAUCGGGAACCAUCAAAAUCAUAACAGAUCAAACAGAUCCAUCCUUAGAAGAGCCUUCUUCUGAGCCAGUUUAUCAGAAAGCCUAUUUCAUAUUUCCAAUUGUCCUUUCGGGAAUUGCCAUUCUCAUCAUGCCUCUCAUAGCCUGCUACUGCCACAAUAAACUAAAUCCAAGACCUACAGUCACAGAGCUCAUAGAGGAUCGAGAUUUCUUGUAUGCUGCGGCCACUCUGCAGAGGUUAGACGCGACUCUCCGAAGGCAAUCCGCUACAAUGGCACGCUCUGUACCUGCCAGAACCUCUUCUUUGCCGAGGCAACCGAGAUCUUCCAGAGCGACGACUACAACCCUUCCAAAACCAGAACCCCAGCCAGUUCCCGAACCUUCUCCCGCUGCAUUGCCGACUUCUUACUCCACUCUCCAGAACUAUGGCAGCACAGUGGAGACACCGGCCACCCCACCCCUCAACAAGGCCGUCAUCAGUGGAGGACCUGAAGAUAUUCGAUAUGAUUCGGUUGUGGAGGAAAUGAAAACUCUCAUCAAAGAUAAGGUUUCAACUAAGCCUAAACAAGUUGAAGCUGAAGAAGAUGAUGAUGAGGAUGAAUCCUCCUGACAUCAGAUCACAUUGGAUAUUUAGAAUGCCAAGAAAUAGGAAAGAAAACCAAUCUUAUAAACUGAAAACGAUGAAGAGAACUCUCUGUCUUCUGAAGGGGAUAUUUGUACAGUGCCUGCAAUCUUUUUUGCGCUAGUCGGACAGAACUGCAAUGUCUAUGGAAUGGCGUCUACACCAUUUAUAAAUGUAGAUGUUCCAUGUGCCGUGCUUCAUAGAGAUGUCUACGUCACUUAACUAACCUGUCUGCUGAAAAUGUAUCACUGGUCGAUCGGCUACAAGAAGCAACCAAUAGAAAUACGUUUCUAUUGGAUUGGGAAUAAGAAUCGUCCAAUAGGAAUAGAAGAAAAAACUGGUUGCCAACGUUACGGCAAUGGAUUGAUUUAUACUAUUGAAGUGAUUUAGUUCAGCCUCUGGUGUAGACAUCUCAAUUCCCUGUGAGAAUCCGCUUUCCCUUAAGGUGACCAGAUUUUUAAAACGUGAUUUGGGGACAAAUCCGCGGAGCGUCCUCAACAAAUUUUAUAAUUCAAGGACACCCUUAUAUUUAUGGAAAAUGUUACUUUAUAUAUGCAGCAAAAUUUUCUCUCUUUUUUAAAAAAAAAAAUAAUAACUAGUGUCAGAUGCUGAGCAUUCGUCAAACUCGAUUUCAUUACCUAGCAGUUUUGAUAUAUCAUGUGAUAUUCUGCAUUUGCAAAAUUAAGAAGGACAUGAUUAUUAGUUUUUUU